AUGGCGUAUUUUUUAAAAAGAAGUACCUACGUAGCUUACGUGAUGUGUUCAAAAAAAUGGCUCGAUGAUGCAAUUUCUGAUGGUAAAAUAUCAUAUGAAGAAAUUUCUAAGAGAGAACCUAUUGGUGAAGGAUCAUUCGGAAAAGUUUAUUUAGCUGAAUGUAAUUCGAUCCCCGAAAAAAUUGUUCUCAAAGAAAAAGAUAUCUUCUACGCAUUUAUAAAGGAGGUGAUAAUUAAUACGGAAUUUCAACAAGUAAAAUAUAGUAUCGGUAUUAACUUGUAA